AUUUGUUUUUAAUUUAAAUAAUUAUAGUGUUUGCUGUUAAUGGAGCUUGCAAGAAAAUUGAAAACAUUGGUUCAAGUACAUUUCUUCGUAAAUAUGAAGUGAAAGGAAAAUUUGGUUUGUGUUCACGAAAUUUUAUGGAUGAUGGAAAAAUUGUUGAAAGGUCAACGUAUUCUCACAUACGUCAAGGAGGCAUUGAUCGAUUAUUGUCAUCCAUACAGUUUACUCAUCAAGCUUUAGCUUAUCGCUAUUCUGGAGUUGAUAUACAAAGCCAAGAAGCAUAUGAAUUAGCUAGUAAAGGAUUAGUUCGUCCAAUCGGAAGAACAAAGCCGAUUCUUUAUAACAUUAAAUGCUCGAGAUUAGCAUUACCUGAAUUCACACUAGGUAUUCCAUUAAUAUAUUUUUUAAAUAUCUAUUUUCAUAAAAUUAAAGUUAUGCACUUUGAUAUUUUAAGAUUGUUAUAAGAAAAACUAUAAUUU